CACAAUGGCGUCCGACCCAAAUUCUUGGUCGACAGACGAUCUAGUUGAGCAGUUAUGCAGCUCGACCAGCCUUUACGAGACUGUAAAUUGCGCGAUACCAGACAAUUCCACUCGCCAUUCGCUAGAAACAGCCAUAAGACGGAAAGGCAUCGAUGGAGCAACGCUCUUUCAGGCAGUCAAUACGGAGGUACAAGAUUUGUUGGGUGAUGAUACAUAUGUGUUCAUUGUUCGGCACCUCAAAUCCUUGUCAACUACUCUGGGGCAUCAAAUUACAACGGAGAGUAUACAAGCAUUGGAAACCAAGCAACUACUAAUGCAUGCCCCAUAUACUACGAACGUGAAGACAACGACAACAUGGGAUCAUCUCCAACAUUGGUCUCACGCGGAAGACGCAUAUGAACUUUGUGUACUCGAUGAGUCAGAAGAUACCAUAGAUGAUGAUGAACAGACCGAAUAUGAUGACGACCCCGACGAUGAGCGACCUAUUCCUGAUGUGAAACCUCGCACGGGUCGAUUGAGCGAUGAGGAAGUCCGAGGUAUCAUCAACGAGUGUAUUGAAAUAUUCACUGCAAACUGGCCACCAGAAAGAGACCAGGAAACAACAGAAGACUACGAUACUGAAGCUUUCAAUCUUUGGACCGAUGCAGAAGAUACGGACCGCCGGUCAGCUUUAGUUACUCGAUACAACGAUACAGUGGGCUGGCUUGAGUCUCGGAUAGACUCUCUCGCUGACAGAAUCCGUGAUGAGAAAUGGAAGUCUGCAGACGAAGUACGUCGUCAGUGCCAUGUACUGGAAGAAAGUGUUCAGCAACUGGAACAAGCCAAAUGGCUGCUAAGUAUAUAUGAGCUGGAACCAGAGGAUGAAGAACCAGAGGAUGAAGAAUCGAAUGACAUCCAAGCCGGCAUACAUCCCGAAGUUAUCGACCUGGGUUCGGACCUCUCAGAUGAUCGAGAAGAAACGGUUGAUGUACAUUCUCUCGAAUCAGCAACCCAUACUUUCCCCAAGCAGAACUUUCCCGCACUAGCCUCAAUACAAUCUGUAGCAGAGUGGGAUUGGGCCUCUCUAGUUCGAAAGAAAGACAGAAAGAGGAUUGUCAUGAAAGUCAUAUACGAAAUGUCAGACCAAGAUCGCGAGAUGGUUCGAGAGAGGGUCAACAGCAUUAAAUAAUCUGAUCUGCUU